ACCAAGCUCCAAAUUAUCACCCACCAAGAGACCCCAUUGCAUUUCCGAUGACACCAUCUUAACUCGCCGACGUAUUUCAUCCAACUCCACCGCAAACACUGACUAUAAAUUGAAGCCAUUCUCAACGUGGCUUCAACACAAAAGCAUAUCUCCACAGAUUUCCUCUCCUACAAUGGCCUACAAGUACACUUCCACUUUCCUUGCACUUGUUCUUAUCUCCAACGUCGUGCUUGCCAAUGUUACUACAGGACGUCACGUUCCCAAGAAAUCCAAAACCCAGGACAAGAAAGAGCCAGAGUGGUUGUUUCACUCUGGUGAUCAUGGCAUUGGACGGCUAGGGCUGCCGCCUAAGUUUAAACUUCCUCACUUCCCCUACAAUGGUGGAAGCACUGGUGGAGGCGUCGAACCGGGUUCAGGGCCAACCGGACGUAGAUAUGUUCCUGGCGGUGAUGAUACGUUUGUCCCAAAUCCAGGUUAUGAGGUCCCGUAUCCUGGUGGUGGAGCUCCGGCACCUGUUCUUCCCUGAGAUCACUCAAUUACAACUAGCAAGCU